ACGAUCAAAAGAUGAAUAAACAAUCAUCUUAUCUUUUCACCUUCUCUCUCUAUUCUCAAUAUGAUGAGAAUUUAAAUAAAAAGUUGGAUAAUCGAGAUUUAUUAGCGAGCAUUAACUCUGCAACAAAUAUAUCACCUGAAUCUGUACAUUUUUUUGAAUUUUCCACUACGUUAUCACAAUCUUCCUCAUUAAAAAAUUUCAAAACCUUAGAAAGCGACUUUUUUUGUGGAAAAGAUUUCUUUGUUAACCCGACUCAAUCCUCGUCAUAUCAGAACAAAGGUUUAGCGAAAAAAAAUCUGGAUGAACAAGGGCAAAAAACGUCAGAUUAUCAGUUGCAAUCUGAUAAUUUACGUAAUAAAUCUGUUUAUAAUUACGCUGAUAAUCAUUAUAUUUUGGCACCUAAGUGGUUUUCGGACAAUUCUCCGGCAGGAAAUUUGAAAAAAAAAUUGUUUGAACACAUCGAUAUUUUAAAACCAUUUUCCCGGCAACGUAAAAUGUCUCAGUUUGAAUUAUUUUGGACAUCACCGAUUAAUAAUAUUCUUGCAACAGCAACAACACGUCUCCUUGUUGAGCCCACAAGUUUACGAGAUAAAUUGAUACGGGAAUUCUACUUGUUACGUCUCAGUGUAAUAACGAAGACAAAAAAUAAAUCAGUACUAGUGAAAAUGAAAGACCAUUGUGAAAACGAUAGAGACGGAUUGGAAUUAUGCGAGCUGGUAGAAAAUGAUCAGAUAAAAUGUUCCGAGAUAAACCAUAAAAGUAAUGUAAAUCGAUUCAAAGGCUUCGAAUUUGUAAAUCAUACUAAUCACGGAGUUUUCAGUAGAGAAACUACGACUUCUUGUAGUGGCUCAAGUGAAGAUUUCAUACAGCUAGAAAGACAUCAUCCACAAUUAAAGGAUGUAAGCCAAACUGAAAUUUCUGGUGUCGUUUCUACAUGUACCGACAGAAGUUCUUUUUGUAAAAUACAAUCACUAAUAGUUCAAAAUAGUGCUAAAUCUUUUACAGAAGAAAAUAAAGAGAGUGAGCACAAUUUUUUAAAAAUAAAAAAGGAGGCUGAUGAGGAUGUCUACCCCUAUCCUUUAAAUACAGAUGAUUCACCAUGCUUUCAAGAUUUAAUUGCAUAUUUAGAACCAUCAGAAAUGCGCUCAUUGUUUCUGGCUUUGGAACGUUCGGAUCCAUAUAUCUCUUUCAUACGACGUCCAACAAAGUUUUAUGAUACAUUGGUACAAAUAGGAAAUGUUCCUCGUGGAACGGAUCGAUGCUCCGAUCGCUUUUCAAUCUUAGCAAAAUUACUUGUACUUAAGCGUAUGGGUCAGUCAUUAAAGUUUUACCAGUUGUACGACAAUGCAAAAGUUAAAGAUUGGUAUAACGAUACCUCUUCCGAUCAAUUUAAAAAGAAAAUAAAGGAAAGUGUUAAAAAAAAUUUAUGUAUUAUUGUAACGGCAGACCAAUUGCGAUUUCUAAAACAGCCAUUGCAGUCUAUAAUAGUUCGUUUACAGCAUCAGCCUGACUUAGUGGAAAAACCAUCUUCUUCUCCUUUCGUAUAUAGUACUCGUCAAGUGAUGAAAAGUGAUUUCUCAAAACGAAGACGACCCAAUACGGAUCAACCUAGUACAACAAGGCAAACUGAAUCUUUGAUAACAAGACGGAGGGGACUGAAUUUGAAAAAUUGUCAAGCCAAAAACCGUUUUAACGAAACAGAAAUUUGUGAUAUGCAGGAAGAACCGUCUAGGAAGCAAUCGAAAAACAGUAGAGAAUCGCCGUUAGAACCACUAUCAGGUUUAGAAGAGGAUACUUAUGCAACUCACAAAAACAUGUAUUAUUAUUCUCGUCGAGCUGGAAGACCUAAGGUUAAUAGGACAGGUUGCCGGUGUUUGGUAUGUCAUACAUUGGAAACACCCCAAUGGCGGUUUAUGCCUUUAUUUGGAGACAACUGGAUGGAUCUUGUGUGCAACGCAUGUUACAUGAAGUUUAAUGUUAGUAGACCUCAUUUAUUUCGUUUGAAAAAUCGUCCAGUAUUCCCGCAACUCGCCUACCUAGAAAAACCCAAAAGACCAACACCAGAAGAAUAUAGAAUAAAAGGUCCAUGUGCGUUCCCCCAUCUUAUGCGGCGAGAUACAUCAAAACAAUCCACAGUUUGUAACCUGAGUAAUGUAAUUGUUAAUAAUGUAGACUUGGAAGCGCCAGCUAGACAAGACGAAUCCUUCAGAACUAUUGAACAAACAAACAAAAAUUCAAAUGAGUGUAAACAAGAGUCCAGUGUGCUAAAGAUUGAAGGUGAAGCGAAUGAAGAAACUUGUUGUUCAAAGGAAAGUGAAAAAGUAAAACUGAAUGAAAGUACGGCCAACCCAAAUGUUGCCAAAUAUCAAGACUUAAAGGUGACCCGCAUAAAGCCGCGAAAUCAAAAUAUUAAAACAACGGUGUAUCCUAAAGUUCUUUAUACAGAAAAAGGGACUGGUCAAGCUCCCUAUAUAAAUUCACCUUUGAAUAGCGUUCUUGACAAUUUUAAAACAAGUUCAAGUUUGAUAGAAUCGUUUCAAAAUAUUCAAUCUAGUUUCAACUAUAAAGUUGAACAGCUGAAAAAAAACUUAGAACUAUUAUCAACAACCCCGGAAUUUCCAGAAAAACCCAAUAACUUUUUAGACAUGUCAUCAGCUCAAACAUCUGCGUUGUAUUACUACUACAGUGCGGCAUUUUUAGAGUCUUGCUUAGCGGGAUACGAAAGAAAUAUAGCUCAAGGUUUCAAUCAAUUCCAGUCGUUCUCAUCCGAAACCAACCCUAGUUUGUCGCAUUGUAAUAGGAGAGAAGAGUGGGAAAAUGAUAAAACUGAAAUAAACAAAGUGAAUGAAGUUUUUGAUAUCGCGGAAGAUUGUAUGGUAUCUUCCCAAAUGGAGCUAAGAAGUUCAUCGUCGCAUCAAAAUAUUGUGAAUCCAACUGUGAAUCAGUUCGAUUCUGGAUGUGUUGACCAAUGGCAGUAUUUCAAAACUCAAAAGGAAAAUGGUAUUUGCAGAGUGGCAUGGGGAUUACCAUACGUCUCGGUUCCAGCAGCUGUUCAACUAGGUGAACCUGUACAGAACACAACAACAUCCCCGACUCAUGACGCCAACGUAACACCUGUAGUAAAAUCUACGCAGCCUUACAAUCCUUAAGAAUAACCUCUUCAUUUCAAAUUAUAGUGAAACAGUUAAUAUUUCGGCUUUAAACCAUUUUUUUCCCGAUUACUAUCAUUUCAAAACCAUUUAACUAGAUCAGUGUAUUUUCUAUGGAUCUGGCAUCAUAAAAGAAAAUGGAAAAGCUUGCGUUAACAUACAAUACAGUUUUAGAUGAUGGAAUCAACGUCUCAAAAGAGCUAGAGGCGUACAUGGAGCAUUCAAUGGAAUGGUUUGGACAAGAAUUGGUAUACAUUGAAAACAUUCCUCGGGCUUUGAUCAAAGCCUUUUAUCGAGGAAGCGCUCCGUAUGUUUCAGAACCAUCGUUAUACUUUGUAGUUCCUUUGCAUGAAUCAAGCAGUAUAUCCUCAACUGAAUUGUGCAUUUUGGGAAGUUGCACGUCAAAAGUUUUCUUGUUAGGAAUGAUGUCUGAUCCCGUACAGAUAAAUAAACCCUUGUUUUACAAAUUGACUUAUGAUCCAUCGAUUUGAAGUCAAUCGAUAUUUCUUUUCGUAUAAGUUGCAAAUUAUUUUUUAUGUGAAUACUUUCUUAGGGUGGGUUUCUCGAUAUGUGUAAGAGGUGUUUGUUUACAUAGUUUCUAAAAGUAAGCAGUGUCUUUUAGUGGCUUUGAAUAACGUAUGAAACGUCUCUGUAUGUAAAUUUUAACAUAAGACUACCUAUUCCAUGAUUACACAUGGUAGGGACUCCCAAGUCGUAGUUUUUUUGUUGUGUGGAGGGAGGAGAGCGUCGGUGCUGCCAUGAUUUGCGUUCAAGGGAAAGGAAGAGUCUGUUUCCUUUCACACAUAACAAGCUUUGUCAAGAAGCACAUUAAUCGAGUUUAUAUCUUUUUUCUGAUUGCCUUGACACAAAGAGUAAAGUUACUUUGAUUAAAGAGCUUUUAAUAUAAUAAGUAAAUAAUGGGUCAUGCUGUAUUUGUAUAAAAGUAGGAAAGUCAAAUAGUUGGCUAAGUUUGUUUGACUAAGGCAGGUAGCAAACAAAACGUCAACUUUCUUUUGCAGUAACAGGAAGCAUCCAUGUUAAGACCCUUUUAUUAAAGUCUUACACGCACUGAAAUGAAUGACUCAACCAUUCUGUGUCGGGGUUAACCAGCUGCAAAAUUAAAAAAAAAAAUUUUCAUUUACAAUGGAGGAUACAAAGGAUUAAUGUAAAAAUUUUCAGCUUAUAUGUCGUGUGAAAGAUGCAAUCACCUCAAUCAAAUGCAUCUUUCAAAAUAUUUUUAAAGAAGCCAUCGUGCAAAUUUUUGUUUGUAAAAAAAAUUUUGUAGGAAUUUAUUAUGUUAUUGAAAUAACAAAAAAUUGUCGAUCAUAAAAAAACAUUACACUUCAACCAUGUCUAAUCUGGAAUAUUUUUUUUCUACAUUAAAGCAAAAAGAACUUGAGAAUUUUAGUUUGCUAACAAGUAUGCUAAAGAACAAUUAAAUUGAUAAGAUUUACGCAUUGGAUCACAGCUUCUUGGGUGCCAAAAGAAGUUAUCAUUUUGAUCUAUUGACACAGUCUGGUUUUUCAUCUGAGACUUUAUAAGUUGUGGUAUUUCGGAGUGUACGUCACUGAUUUAGGAUUAGUAGGACCUUGUUUUUUGAUGUAUCGAAACUACCUCUUGUUCAUUAUUCAAGGUUUUUCUUGCUGUAUUAAUUUAAAACAAGUAUUUUAAAUACACACUUUGGAAUAUUUCAGUUAAGUAUUGAAGAAAUAUCAAAAAAAAGGUUAAUUUGAUUUCUUUUUUUUUUUAAAGAAGCAUUGAAACUUUAAUCAAUAAGCGACAAUAGGCAAUCAGUAAAAAUUAAAGGAUAUUUAUGUUGUAAUAAUUGAUUGAACCAAACUAGUUAAAAAUCUUUUUCUGCUUAUCGUUCACUUCUACUUAUAUAGAAUAUUGCUUUAAUCUAAUGAUUUUCUAUAUUAAUUUAAAAAAAAACGCAUAGGUUAAUAAUUUUGACUAUCAAAACUAUGUCGCGUUAUUUAGACAAAACGGGAGCACGACACACAUUUCACUUUGAAAGACUAUUGAAAAGCUACUCCAUAAGGAAACAUAAGAGAAAAUCUUACGUGAGACCUGUAAUUUCAAGGUUACUUCACCAAAUUUUUAAUGUAUGAUCAAACUGUCUCGAAAAUACUAACCCGUUUUAAGAAAGACGGUUACUGUUAUAUUUGUCCACCGUUGGAUUAUAUCUCUUCUGAGGGAAACACAGAGAGAAAAAAUACUUUAUGUGAUAAUUCACCAGUGUCACCAUCUAUAUUAAUAUGCCAUCCGACGUUAGUCAUAGAUACCAAAGAUUUGGUACAUAACUUCUAAGGUUGCGAAACUGUUGAAUUAGUUACCAUGAUACAUUGAUAGAAAAUAUUCUCAAAUUUAUAUCCCAAAAUUUACGUGAGCCUUAUGAAAUUUCGACCAUUCGUUAUUUCGUUGAUUUCUUCCCACAUUUGUUUCUUGUCGUACGUAAUGAAAUUUAAUUUGAUUGAGAAAAAACUGGUGGACACUGGUAAUAGCUAAUUGAGACAUCUUGUAUUCCAAAGAAUCAUCUUGGUCGAGAUCAAUUUUGGUAUGGACAUGACCUGGAAUGUUUUGAUCAAUUCCCACUAAUGUUGGAUAAGGACAACGUUUUCUCGCACGGCCAAAUCGUUGGAGUGGCGAUUAGUCAAUACCAAAACUCUCAAACGUGUGAUAUUUUCAAGAAUCAUAAAACGGACGAAAUUGUAGGAUAUAUUGGUAUUAUAGUAAUAGCUUCCUACCUUCGCAAACGAGGUCUCGGGACGUUAUUAAUGUCUAUGACCAUAAAUUUGUUGCUUCAAUUAGGUAUUACUCAGGUUUUUAUUGAAACAGAGGUCUCCAAUCAUACAGCACUCCGGUUGUAUGAUCGUCUUGGUUUUAAACGUGUUGAGUACAAAAAAAAUUAUUAUGCAUCGGGUGAAGAUGCUUACCUGUUAAAACAAAGUUUUGUGCAAGAAAAGCAAACACUUGCCGAGGCUGACUCUAAAACUUCACAAAACUAAAAAAACAUUUUGAUUUACUAAAGAGAAGGUCUUUAUUUAGAACAUAGUGAAGUUUUGUUAGACCACAAAACUUGAGGUUUUAGCGUACAUGAAAUUGGCACUGAAAAGCAAAUUUUUUUUUCGUCAUAACGUUUUAAAUGGUGUGUAUUUCAA